UUUUUUUUUUUUUUUUUUUUUUUGUGGAGAUGCGGUCGCCGUGUCGGCGUGUGACCGGGGGUGCUCGGACAAGGGCUCGCAUUCAUGCCAACAUCCCACGGCGCGAAGCUCUAAGAACACACACACGCAUUACUGUGCGGUUCAUCUCCAUUAAGACAGCAACACACACACACUGACAUUCAGAAGCGGCACUUUUUCCUGUCCUGUCUUUGAGUAGAGCAAUCAUACUAUUUUAUACUACAUUAAAAACAAAAAGGUAAAGAGGGCUUAAAGUUUAGGUAUGACGUAUUCGUUUGAGUCGAGCAAUGCAAAAGACGCCGGUGGGCGCCGUGCUAAAAGGCUCCCGGUGCCAUGUUUACACUCUUUAGUUUAGCGUGUUAGCAAGCUAACUCGCGAAAGUUGCCGUAAACACAAAGCGCGGUGGAGGCUGAUGGGAACGUUGUUAAUCCGCAGGUAUUUGUCCAUAAACUAAACAUAUUUUAGUACACGUGUACCUGGGCUCCCACGGCCCGGUUAGAGUAGCAGCCACCCAUCGGUCCCCCCCUCACUCUGUUAGCGCCGUUAGCACCGUUAGCUCAGCCAGGCGCCAUGCUGACCACCUCGAGGAGACGAUCCCUUAACAAACCCCGGAUAGGCCCUCGCUCUGCACUUGGUAUUUAGCACUUUUUUAUCAAACGACCCGAGCACCAAACCGUACCUAAAAGAAAAGAGAACAUCAAGUUUCAUCGUGAGAAACGCUAAAGAAAAAGCGGUUUGUACAAGCGGCGGUUGCUAAAUAGUUGUGUUCCAGUUUGAGAUGCUGAAACAGAGGUUUCUUCCUCUUUUUUUAGCUUUUAGUGAUGCCACUUCACGCUGCGCAACUUCCUUCCCAUGACAAGAUUGUCUUAAUGUACUUAAUGUCACUUCUUUUAGUGGAUCUUUUUAAUGUGGGUUAGUGGGCCCAGAAACAGGUCUCACAGGCACGAGAUCGCUUUUUUGUGUGUCAGCGUCGACUCACUUGGUACUUUUGGUACACAACCUCCGUGGUUAACUAACACAAACGUACUUAACUUCCUUUAACCUUUAAACCGGCAAUCACAUGUGGGGCUCGGGUCCAAAGGACGAGGCUGGAGUCCACACCUUUGCAUCUAAUUUUUGCUUUUUAAUAAAAAAAAUACUUGCGUGGUGUUGUGCUCGGCCUCUCAAGUUUGUUCUGACUUGUUUUGCUGUUUAAAACUUAACUUUAAAAAUGUAAAGUUACAGUUGGAUGUUAACUUGUCUGCUGGUUAGUUGCUUUAUUUUAUUUUGAGACAUAUUUUGAACAUCAUCAAUCACAGGUUUGAUUAUAAUCAGACCACCUUGAGAAGGGAUUUCCUGUGAGAGCGAGAACAGGUGACCGCAGGGGAAGUUACCGAAACCUUACAGUCAUCAUGGGAAGUUUCCAUCUCUCCCCCCAGCAUGCAACAGGAAGUCACCAUAACCUAAAUCAGAUUGCGAGGCACUGCUGAUGUUGUGAAUACUAUGACAUCUGCCACACCCCCUUCCUCUCGUAGCUCCUCCCCCCAGAAGGUGUGCCACUCGCAGACGCAGACCGACGCUCUGAAACCCUUGCUGGGUGGCGGCGUUUCCGGCGGGGGCGGGACUCUGAGGAAGAGGAGGCGCGUCCUGUCCAAAGAUGGCCGCAGCAACGUGCGCAUCGAGCACGUCAGCGGGCGCAGCGCCCUGUACAUGCGUGACCUCUGGACCACGUUCCUGGACAUGCAGUGGCGCUACAAGUUCUUCCUGUUCACGGCCACGUUCGCGGGGACUUGGUUCCUAUUCGGGGUGCUGUGGUAUCUCAUGGCCCUGGUGCACGGAGACCUACUUGAGUUUGACCCGCCCUCAAACCACACACCCUGUGUGAUGCAGAUGCAGACCCUGACGGGGGCUUUCCUCUUCUCCCUGGAGACCCAGACCACCAUCGGUUACGGUUUCCGCUGCAUCACCGAGGAAUGUCCGGCGGCCAUCAUCCUCCUCAUCGUCCAGCUCGUCAUCACCAUGCUGAUGGAGAUCUUCAUCACCGGUACCUUCCUCGCCAAGGUCGCUCGGCCGAAGAAGCGAGGCGAGACGGUGAAGUUCAGCCAGCAUGCCGUGGUGUCGACCCACGAGGGACGACCCUGCCUGAUGGUCCGGGUGGCCAACAUGCGCAAGAGUCUCCUGCUCGGGUGUCAGGUCAGUGGAAAACUGCUCCAGACGUCUCUGACCAAGGAAGGCGAGACGGUCCGUCUGGACCAGAGGAACGUGCCGUUCCAAGUGGACAUGUCCAGCGACAGCCCCUUCCUCAUCCUGCCGCUCACCUUCUACCACAUCAUCGACGACGACAGCCCCCUGCGAGCCUGGGCAGCCAAGGGUGGGGGCUGGACCGAUCCAGAGUCGGCAGACUUCGAGCUGCUGGUGAUCAUGAGCGCCACGGUUGAGCCGACCUCCGCCACCUGCCAGGUCCGCACCUCCUACCUGCCGGACGAGAUUCUCUGGGGCUACGAGUUCCCCCCCGUGGUCUCCCUCUCCCCGUCGGGCAAAUACGUGGCGGACUUUGCCUUCUUCGACAAAGUGGCCAAGACCAAGACCACGCCCGUCUUCAAACCGUCCGGCCCCCAGCAGGCGUACCAGAGCAACGGGGGCGGCGGGGCCGUGUCGGAGGUGACCGAUCCGGAGAAGAUCCGCCUGGAGCAGAGCUACCGGGAGAGGGGGGGCGAGGAACGAGGCCGGGCGAGAGACGUUCGCAUCAGCAACGUAUGAAAGGGAGGGGCGGGGGGGGGGGGCAUCGCCAAGGAGACGAGUGUGAAGGGUAAAAGCAACGGGAGGAAACGUCUCAUCCAAACAGCUCGGACACUUGACUUUUUAGGACCGAUUCGGACCUCUGGAAGAUAUCCAGGUAGAACAAGAGGACGCUUGAAGGAAAUACAGAAGACUGUGGACUUCUGUACGCUCAGCAGAAAAUGUGUCACUCGUCUGCUGGGAUGAUGCAUGUUUUUACACCGUAUUCCUAUGAAGGCAUAACACACUGCCUGACUGCAGCUAUUAUUGUGAGUGUUGUGAGUGCACACACACACUCACACACACACACACACACACACACACACACACUUUUAUAACUAAGAAAAUAACAGGUGGGAUUAUUUAUUCGCACAGUAAAUUAAAACAAAACAACAACAACGAAAACUAAAAUAAAGAAACUAAACUGAACGCGAGCCGUGGCAGAAGACGGGAAACCCAGUUGACUUGUUUGGGUCCUCCCCUUCUUGCGCAAUGUCAAAUGUCAAAUCCCCCCCUCAAUGUCAUAGACAAAGGGGGCAAUUGCUGUUUAUACUAUUAAAAAAAAAAAAAAAACA